AUGGGCGGAUAUAUAGUGUCCUUUGUUCCACCAACCGUAUCAUCCACCUCUGUCACGAGUUCCUCCACGCGUUCAGUGUCGCCCGCACCUUCUGUUUGGUCCAUGACAAGCUCACUGCGUGCAGAAGCUUAUGUCCAGGAAUUUGGACGCGACCUGAACAAUUUCUCGGAAAUAUACCGCCUCCCCGCCGAUGAAGAGGAGUUAGAGCGCCUAGACCGUCAGCACGAGAUAAUCUCAGAGAUCAUGGGAAAAUAUGUUCCGCCGCUGCCGCAAGUCAUGGCGGAAGAUGUACCUGGAGAGAGGAAAGCCGUCUUGGACUUGGGUUGCGGUAGUGGCGCUUGGAUUAUGGAAGCCGCGCUUGACUUCCCUCAUUGUAAUGCCGUUGGCAUCGACCUUGUGCCCAUGCAAUCGCCUUAUAUGCCUUCUAACUGCAGGAGCGAAGUCGAUGACAUCAACCUCGGACUGGAGCAUUUCUACGGGGACUUCAACGUUGUCCACUGUCGGUUCAUAUCUGCUGGUAUCCGAGAUUAUGCACAUAUGAUCGACCAAAUAAGCCAUGUCCUAAGGCCAGGGGGACUGAUCGAUCUUACGGAAUGGGAUUUUCACUGCUACGACGAAAAUCACCAUCGCAUUGAGUUGGACGUGACGACGAUUGAAGAACCAUGGUUCCCACGAUGGAUGGCAUACUUCAAGAUGGCUGUACAACGCAGAGGUGGGGGUGUUGAUGCCGGGACGCAUAUCCACGACUGGGUUUCGCGUCAUGCGCGUUUCGAAGACGUGAAUUACAACGAGUACUUCGUUCCUGCGACGCCGUGGCGGACAGAAAACCCGAUAGACUUGCGCAUCGGAGCGGCGGUGAGGGACGAUAUACAGGUUUUCCUAAAGUCAGGGCGGCCUUUGUUAUUGGGCAGCGGCGUGUCGGAACAGCUUGUGAAUGAGCUACAAGCGAAUGCGCACAAGGAACUGACGGAAGACAAUACGCGCCAUUACAUACGUGUACAAAGCGUCUAUGCUCGCAAACGUCAUCGGUUGCCCUAUGGUUGACGGUGUCCAGUGUCGCUUGCAUAGAACACAGAUACGGCGUAUCAUGGAGACGGAAGCAACCACAGAUGUUGCUGAGAGUGGUGCAUAGUGUAUAGGCAUGCUUCUCCAGAGGAUCUGCAUCCAUUGAGCCGUGCUGGGACGUCAUAUAACGCGAUUUCGGAAUGAAAGGUGCAACGGCCGGAAGGUGUCUGGGGUAGGGUACUGAGGUAUAAUGCAGAAUACUAGUGCUGUACUGUAGUCAUUCACAGGGCAACAGUGAAAGUUUGGGAGAGAAAGCAACUGUAGGAAUGCUCCCU